AUGAAAUCUUACCAGGAGUUGACUACUUUAUCCGCCGUGGAUGAAGCUGGCCACAGCAAGCUCUCUUCUGGCUGUGACUACGCCCUGUUCCAGGAUGGCAUGGGGCCCAGGUGGGAAGACGGCAGGAAUAGGCGGGGUGGCCGCUGGCUGGUCAGCCUGGCCAAGCAGCAGCGCCGCAGUGAGCUGGACCAGCUGUGGCUGGACACGCUGCUGUGUCCGACAGGGCAGAGCUCUGGGGAACGCGGCAACAGGGUUUGUGGGGCCAUUGUUGGCAUCCACGCCAACAGGGACAAGGUCGCUGUGUGGACCAGGGAGGCGGGAAACCAGAAGUCAUCUUGCAACAUCGGGCGUGUAUACAAAGAGCACUUGGGCCUCUCCGCAAAGACCAUCACUGGGUACCAGACCCACGCAGACACUGUCACCAAGAGCAGCUCCCUAGCCAAGAACAAGUUGGCGGAGGGGGGUGAGGGGGCCUUGGCACCCCUCCUUUUUAAGUGGGACAGCUUCUUACUGCUGCGUUGGGGAGCAAGACUUGGGGCGUAAGACAGCCUGGCUCUUGCUGGUCAAGUGAACAGGAGUAUGUACAGGUUUUAACACC